UAUGAAAAUAUGAAAAGAAGCACUAUGGAAAUAUUAUUCAUGAAUCCAUAAAUCCCACAAAUAUCUCGGAUGCCUAUGAGGAUUAAAAAAGCACUUGGGAGGUGUACAUUAAUCUUGCUGGCGUUGUCAGGAGUGAUCAGCGACUUUUAUUAAAAGCUCUGGGUCUGCCUGAAAGACCUCCUUGUCUGAGUUUGAAAUGAAAGGGACAUGUUAAGAUCUUGGGGCACGUUGUCAGGACCCUUCUCCCUGCCCCUUGGACUAUGAGCUGACACCCCUGGAGGAAGCCAAGAAGCCCUCCUUUGUUGAAGGGAUUUCCCUGAUGAACGGAAAAGACUUGGCCCCUGUCGGCAUGAGCUCUCUGAGCUGGGCUGGGCUAGGUGCCCUGCUCCUGCUGCUGCUGCUCCCGGGCUGGGCCAGCCCCACCUUUAUCCGUGUUAACCAAGGGGUCAGGGUGAUGAAGGGCAGUUCUGCCUUCCUGUCUCAAGAUGACCUGAAGUUCACCAUCCCCAAAGAGAAAGAUGCCUGCAAAGUGGAAGUUGUGAUGAAUGAGCCAAUAACCCAGAGGGUUGGGAAACUCACUCCACAGGUCUUUGACUGCCAUUUCCUUCCCAAUGAAGUAAAAUAUACUCAUAACGGUUGCCCAAUUCUCGAUGAAGACACAGUGAAGCUUAGACUUUACAGGUUUACUGAGACAGACACCUUCACGGAAACCUUUAUCCUGCGGGUCUACCUCCUGGAACCAGACUGUAACAUCAUCCGCAUGAGUGAUAAUGCACUGGAGGUGUCUGAGUUCUAUGGCCUGUCCCGAGUCAUUGAUAAGAACCUGCUCAGAUUUGAUUACGAGAGGAUGGCCAGCCUGGAAUGCACAGUCAGACUGGACCCUGUGGGAACUCAGCUACCAGCCCACGGCCAGCUGGUUCUGGUGGAGCCCCAGCUGGAAGAACCUCGUGGAGAUCAGCCACAUAAUUUCUUUCCUGAGUCUCAAUUGGGAACAGAGCUGAAGUGUCCAGGGGGCAGGUGUACCCUGGGACUGAAGAAAGUCGGAAGUCUCAAAGUGAGCUGUGAGGAGUUCCUGCUGAUGGGGCUUCGAUACCAGCACCUGACUUCCCCUUCUCCCAAUAUUGAUUACAUCUCCAUCCAACUGGACCUCACAGAUAGCAGGAGUAAAAUCAUAUACAAGUCAGAGCGCGCGUGGCUGCCUGUCUAUAUCAGACCUGGAAUUCCUAAUCAGAUUCCAAGAGCUGCAUUCAUGGCCAUGUUUAUUCUGGAAGUGGAUCAGUUCAUCCUGACUUCAUUGACUACAUUGGUUCUGGACUGUGAAGAGGAUGAGACCCCCAAACCCUUGCUGGUGUUCAACAUUACUAAAGCCCCGCUCCAGGGCUAUGUGACUCACCUGUGGGAUCACACCAGACCAGUGUCCUCUUUCACCUGGAAGGAUCUAAGAGAUAUGCAGAUUGCCUAUCAGCCUCCAAACAGCAGCCAUUCUGAGAGGAGACUUUAUGAGGUGGAGUUAGAGGUCCAUGACUUCUUCUUUGAGAAGAGUGCACCUAUUACAGUCCAUAUCUCCAUCAGACCAGCUGAUACAAAUGCCCCGCGAGUGUCCUGGAACACAGGUCUGAAUCUCCUGGAGGGACAGUCUAGGGCCAUCACAUGGGAACAGUUUCAGAUUGUGGACAAUGAUGAUAUUCAUGCUGUCCAGGUAGUCACCGUGGACGGCCUGCAGCGCGGACGGCUUACUCUGAGAGGGGGGAAGGGGUUUCUCUUCACCGUGGCUGACCUUCAGGCUGGAGUCGUUCGAUAUCAUCAUGAUGACAGUGACUCCACCAAAGACUUUGUGGUCUUCAGGAUAUUUGACAGGCAACACAGCAUCCAACAUAAGUUUCCCAUCAACAUCUUGCCGAAAGAUGACAGUCCGCCAUUCCUCAUAACAAAUGUUGUGAUUGAACUGGAGGAGGGGCAGACCAUACUAAUCCAGGGUUCCAUGCUGAGAGCUUCAGACAUGGACUCCAGUGAUGACUACAUCUUCUUUAAUAUCACGAAACCCCCACAAGCUGGAGAGAUCAUGAAGAAACCAGCGCCAGGGCUGAUAGGCUAUCCAGUCCCUGGCUUCAUUCAGAGGGAUCUAUUCAAUGGCAUCAUUUACUAUCGUCACUUUGGUGGAGAAAUCUUUGAAGAUUCAUUCGAAUUUGUCCUGUGGGACAGCCACGAGCCUCCAAAUCUCUCAGUGCCACAGGUGGUGACAAUCCAUAUCACUCCUGUAGAUGACCAGCUUCCAAAAGAGGCUCCUGGAGUUUCUCGGCAUUUAGUUGUCAAGGAAACGGAGGUGGCCUACAUCACUAAGAAACAUCUACAUUUUAUAGAUACAGAAUCACAUGACCGGGAGCUGCUCUACACAAUAACUGCUCCUCCAUUUUUCUCCUCCAGCCACAGACACUUAGAUGCUGGGAAAUUAUUCAUGGUGGACAGCAUACCAAGGCUAACCAAGACUCCUGCAGCUCCAGGGUUAAAAUAUUUUACUCAGCAUGCUGUGAACCAUAUGAAAGUGGCCUAUAUGCCACCCAUGCAAGAUGUGGGUCCCCAUCCAAGACACGUCCAGUUUGCCUUUUCUGUCAGUAACCAGCACGGUGGGACGCUAUAUGGGAUCUGCUUUAACAUCACGAUUCUUCCGGUGGACAAUCAGGCCCCAAAGGUGUUGACCAAACCUCUGAGAGUGGCUGAGGGAGGUCAGUAUGUCAUCAGCACAGAGCAUGUCCUGGUUUCUGACGAGGACACCAAACUGGACAACAUCCACCUCUCCUUGCAGAGUCCACCUCAGCAUGGAAUGGUGGAGCUAAAUGGAUUCCCUCUAAACCCAGGGACUACGUUUUCCUGGGGAGACCUUCAGGCCUUAAAACUUAGAUAUCAGCAUGAUGGAUCUGAGGAACUUCAGGAUGACAUAGUCCUGCAGGUCACAGAUGGCACAAAUGCAGCUGAAUAUGUUCUACACAUUGAGGUGUUCCCUGUAAAUGAUGAGGCACCCGUGCUAAAGGCGGACCUCAUUCCCAUGAUGCGUUGCGCCGAGGGUGAAGAGGUGGUCAUCACUUCUGAAUACAUUUUUGCUACUGAUGUGGACAGCGAUGAUUUGAAGCUGACGUUCAUGAUUGUUGGAGAACCUCAGCAUGGGACUGUGAGGCGAGCUGGGGUCACGGUACAUCAAUUCUCUCAGGAAGAUGUUGUCGCAGGGGCUGUGACGUACAAACACACAGGUGGUGAGAUUGGCCUGAUGCCUUGUUUUGACACCAUUACAUUGGUGGUUUCGGACAGAGAAGCUGGUCCUUUUGUGAAUGGCUGCUGUUACAAUGGACCUCAUCCAUCUGUUCCUCUUCAUGAAUCCUUUCCAGUGUAUGAUCUCAACAUCACAGUGUAUCCAGUGGACAACCAACCGCCUUCAAUUGCAAUAGGUACCAUAUUCAUUGUAGAUGAGGGUUUCUCAGCAGCCCUUACUGUUAACCAUUUGUCUGCCGCUGACCCUGACACUGCCGCAGACGACUUGGAGUUUGUUUUGGUUUCUCCUCCCCAGUUUGGCUACCUUGAAAACACACUCCCUUCUGCAGGUUUUGAAAAGAGCAAUAUGGGCAUCAGCAUAGCUUCGUUUCAGUGGAAAGACAUGAAGGCUUUACAUAUUAACUAUGUGCAGUCCAGGCAUCUGGGGAUGGAACCAACAGCUGACAAGUUUAUGUUGUAUGUCACCGAUGGGAAGCAACGCUCCAUGGAGAUACCAUUUUACAUUAUAAUCAAUGCUACAAAUGAUGAAGCUCCUGAUUUUAUAGUGCAGAAUAUUACUGUGUGUGAGGGUCAGAUGAGAGAGCUGGAUUCUUCCAUCAUCAGUGUUACUGACCGGGACAUUCCCAAGAACCCCUUGCUGUUCAGUAUCACUCACAAACCACGUCAUGGCCUCCUCAUCAAUAGGGCAUUUAGCAGAAACUUUUUUCAAUAUAAGCAAUCAGCCAGCUCUGACCAGAAGUAUGAACUUGUCUACAACUUUUCCAUGGAACUUCUCAAGAAUGGAAUGAGGUUGAUGUACAUGCAUGAUGAUUCAGAGAGUCUUGCUGAUGACUUUACAAUCCAGGUGUCAGAUGGGAAACAUAGAAUACUUAAAACCAUUUUUGUAGAGGUCACCCCAGUUAAUGAUGAAAAACCAAUGCUGAGCAAGAAGGCUGAAAUUACAAUGAAUAUGGGUGAAACUCGUAUUAUUUCUAGUGCUGUUCUCUCAGCCAUAGAUGAAGACUCACCCAGGGAGAAGAUUUACUAUUUAUUUGAAAGACUUCCCCAAAAUGGGCAACUUCAACUUAAGAUAGGGAGGGACUGGGUCCCUCUGUACCCUGGCAUGAAAUGCACUCAGGAAGAAGUGGAUUUGAACUUGCUGAGAUAUACACACACCGGGGCCAUGGACUCCAAGAACCAAGACAGCUUCACCUUCUACCUCUGGGAUGGUGACCAUAGGUCACCGGCCUUUGACUGUGACAUCACCAUCAAGGAUAUGGGGAAAGGUGAUAUUGUCAUCCUGGCAAAACCACUUGUGGUGUCUAAAGGUGACAGAGGCUUCCUGACGACCACCACUCUCCUUGCUGUGGAUGGAACAGACAAGCCUGAGGAGCUUCUCUACGUUAUCACCUCCCCACCGCAAUUUGGCCAGGUUGAGUACGUCCGCUAUCCUGGGGUCCCCAUUACAAGCUUCAGCCAAAUGGAUAUAGCAGGACAGACAGUCUGCUAUGUAGAUAAGAGCACGACAGCUGUCCACAGAGACACGUUCAGAUUCAUCGUCAGCAAUGGACUUCAGACCAAGCCUGGGGUUUUUGAGAUCACACUGGAGACUGUGGACACAGCCUUACCCGUGGUGACCAGGAACAAGGGGUUGAGACUGGUUGAAGGGGCCACGGGCCUGCUCUCCCCUGACCUCCUGCAGCUGACCGACCCUGACACUCCAGCUGAGAAGCUCACCUUUCUUCUGGCCCAGCUACCACGGCAUGGCCAGCUCUACGUGCGGGGGAUGGCGCUGAUCCCACACAAUUUCACUCAGCUGGACGUGGACAGCGGGCAUGUGGCCUAUCGGCACUUGGGAGGGGAUUCUCGGACUGACCACUUCACUUUUAUGGCCUCAGAUGGGACAAACAAUGGCUUUCUUGUGGAUGGGAGAGUGUGGCAAGAACCUGUGUCAUUCACCAUCCAGGUGGACCAGUUGGACAAAGCGGCCCCCCGCAUCACACACUUGCAUUCCCCUUCUCAAGUAGGGCUCCUGAAAAAUGGUUGUUACGGGAUUUACAUCACUUCCCGCGUGUUGAAGGCAUCAGACCCCGACACUGAUGACAAUCAGAUCAUCUUUAAGAUUUUACGAGGCCCCCAACAUGGGCAUCUGGAGAAUUCAAUAACAGGUGAAUUUAUCCAUGAGAAAUUUAGCCAAAAGGACUUAAAUAGUAAGACCAUUCUUUACAUCAUAAACCCAUCUUUGGAAGUAAAUUCAGAUACCAUGGAAUUUCAAGUCAUGGAUCCCACAGGGAACUCUGCCACUCCUCAAAGUUUGGAACUGAAGUGGUCUCAUAUUGAAUGGUCGCGGGCUGAAUAUGAGGUCUGUGAGAAUAUGGGCAUGUUGCCCUUGGAAAUUACCAGAAGGGGAUAUUCCAUGGACUCGGCCUUUGUGAGUGUACAGGUCAACCAAGUGUCAGCUACACUUGGAAAGGAUUUCACCAUGACUCCAUCGAAGCUGGUUCAGUUUGACCCAGGAAUGUCAACUAAGAUGUGGAAUAUAGCAAUUACCUAUGACGGAUUAGAGGAAGAUGAUGAGGUCUUUGAAGUAAUUCUGAACUCCCCUGUGAAUGCGGUUCUUGGCACGAAGACAAAAACUGCAGUGAAAAUUUUGGACUCAAAAGGAGGGCAGUGCCAUCCUUCAUAUGCCUUCAAUCCAAACAUGCCCCGUGCAUGGGAGAAGGGCAUUUGGCACCUGCUCUCCCCAGGGGCUUCCUCACCCACCACUUCUGGUUCCUUUCAUCUGGAAAGAAGACCCCUUCCAGCUUCCAAGCAGCUAGCAGUCACCAGGGGUGACGCCCUGCGGGACUUUGGUUCUGAAGAUCUUUCUUCAGUGAAGCUUAGGACCGGAGGGGAUGGCAAAACAGUGCCUCCAUCCUCUGUUUAUAGAAAUAGAACAGACAGCAUCUAUAACUAUCAUGGGAUGAUUUCCCUGAAACUGGAGGAUGACAGCUCCCCAGCUCACAGACGGAAGGCCAGCGUAUCCAUUAUUAGUGAGCCCCAAAAGGCAACCAAAGUGACAGAACCGCCUCGAGCCGAUAAGGAGGAAUCCACAACCGGCUCACACUUCCCCAGACAGGACCCACUGCCCUCAUUCCCAAAGAACUGCACACUGGAAUUAAAGGGACUCUUCCACUUUGAAGAAAGCCUCCAAAAACUGUACAAGUGCGAUGGAAUUGCCUGGAGAUCCUGGAGCCCCCACACCAAGGCAGUGGAAGAUAAAUCCUGCCCAGCUGGGUGGCACCGUCAUUCAGGCUAUUGCCACUCCUUGAUCACAGAGCAGAAAGGCACAUGGACUACAGCUGCCCAAGCUUGCAGGGAACAUCACCAGGGCAGCCUUGUGACUGUCAUCUCCAGGCAGCACAUGCGAUGGCUUUGGGACAUCAGCGGAAGAAAGCCCUUUUGGAUAGGUUUGAACGACCAAGUGCGUGCUGGCCACUGGGAGUGGAUUGGCGGUGAACCUGUGACCUUCACCAACUGGAGGAGAGGGCCCCCGCAACGUUCAAAGCGUGGCAAAGACUGUGUUUUGGUUCAAAGGCCAGGAAAAUGGCACAUAAAGGAGUGUAGGAAGGGAAAAUCUCACAAUUAUGUGUGCUCCAGAAAACUCUAACCGGCCCUACAAGUGUCCACUUGGGAUGUUUUUAUCUAUUUGUUUCCAGGAUUUGUGCAUAUUCCUCAAAAGAAAGCAGAGGGUUGUGACUAAUGUGGUACAUUUCUUCUAUCAAAGUGUUUGAAGGAUUCUAUCUAGUAAAGAAAAACAAUGGUUCCAGGAAGAUUGAUAAAUGAAUGUUUCUUAGAGGAAAAGAUAAAUUUUUUGCAACUCAGUACAUUUUGAAAUAAAUCCUCAAGGUAUUAUGUGGUACAAAAUCUGAUUAUUCUGGAGACUUUAUACUUCAGUCAACAGUAAUUUCAUGGUCCUCAGAUUUUUCCCCCCAAUUUAAAUGAGUACAUUCUGAAAUCUAUAUUGCGGGUGCUUCCACCACUUCCAUCUAAAUGAGGCUUACCCUGCCAGUUCAUUAAAUCAAGGUUGAACUGCAAAGGGUUGCUUUGUCCCUUUGGAGUCCUUUCAAAUGUGAAAGCUGAGAGGCGGUGGGUAAAAAGAAUUCUCUGUGGUGAAAAAGGAAGGCUUUAGAUGGAAGAAUCUGGCAGAUGGAAGGUCAUCUGCAAAGCUGUAGUUCAGGUAAGAAUUCAGGGGUUACCUGUCCUUCCGAAGUCUACCUGUCACUUCCCACAACAGAGUUCCUUUUCCAGGAAGACGGCUGUGCCAUUCUAAAGCGAAUAAUUGGGUUUCCCUGGCUUUACAGAGUCAGGAGACAUUUGAAGAAACAAUGAGCCUCUCUGUCCAUUCGUGCUUGUAGCACUGAGUAGCGUUUCUCAAGGACACUUGGAAUAAAAAGCAUAUAUGGAUGAUGGUUAACAUAUGGAAGAAAAAUGUGGCUUCCUCAAAAGUGUCCCAAUGAACUAUGCAGAUGAACAAAGAAAAGUAGUACUGAAAACAGAGUCCUUGAAAGCCUAUAUUCUCAGAAAGGAUUUUGAUAUAAUUGUGAGCCCUUAAAUAUUUAAUAUGUGUAGAAUUGCCAUGUUAACCUGAUCCUCUAAUGAAAAGGUACCUUAUUAAUUUAUAAUGGCAGCUGAGUGAAACAUUUUUGUAGCAGUGAAGCAUGUUGCAGCCUUACAAGAACUCCCUUCUGAAAUCAAAGCUUAAUUACAGGAAAUUAGAAAUUUAUUUCUGAAACAUUUACUCACAAUUUUCCUCUUUUCAUAAUCCCUGAAAAAUAUGGUUGUGCCCCAUGUAACUUGCUAUUAUGAGUACCAGAGUCACUUCAGAAUCAAAACAGAGUUACCAAGUAGAUCAAAGUUUUGGUGCAGGUUUUAUUAUGAUAAGACCUUGCGAGAAACUAAAAGUGACUGAAGAAAUUCAGUCUCAUUUUUUGGAUAUAAGAAACAACAAGCUUGUUUUAUUCGCACUUGUUUAUCAAGAUUUUGGUUAAUAGAAAUAUUUACAAAGACAGAUUGGAAUGAGAUUUAGACAUUCUACCUCUUUUUAAAUUCCAACAUCAGUGUGGAGUCAGGAGGCUCCUUACCUUAGAUAUCACAAGCAGAAUCUGAAUUGCUCUGAUAUAGAGGUCUUCCAUGUGACACAGUCAGCUUCUGGUGUUGAAUCAGAAGGUGUAAACCCAUUCUCUGUAUCAGUUGAUGUCCCUUCUGAUCCAUGGGCCUCUGCAAUGUUGAAAGAUGGGAUGCUGAAUAAAGAAAUGAGGAGUUGUUUACUUGAAGGAUUGUAUCCUAGGAUGGAAAGUAAAUGGUCAAGGAAUGAGGAAUUCCUAGAUCUACAUUGACUGGAAAUCCAGAACCAUGGCAACUGUGUAAACCUAGUCAGAGUGGUAGGUUUUAUUAUACAUUUCUGCCAUGUCAGUGAUAUUAAAAUGUUAGCACAAAGAGAGAAUGCUUUGCUUUUUAUAGCAACUGAAAGAAAUACUAGAAGAAUGUUUAAAAUAUUCCUGGUCAUGAAAACAUUAAUCAAGUGGUAAAAUCCAACUAAUUGGAAGAAGGUACAAAUAAAAAUUCAAGCAAGUGUGGAUGCUAAGCAAUAUGUGCAUGCAUGACCUUCAUCUCCUUCUCAUGACUGGUCUUUGACUGAUGGGGGAGUAGUAGUAAAUGAUCGUCAUGUUUCUCUCCACCUUGAUUGAUUAUUGUCAUCCUUUAGGUUAUGGCAGGAGUGGGAAGGAAGGAAAUGGAGUAAUGGUAUUGAUAGAAUGGGAAAGGGAGAUUAUAGAUAAGGGGAGAGUGGAGAGAAGGAUUGAAUAGGAAGAGAUGGGAGUUGAUUAGUAGCUAAGAAAGAGAGCAUCAGAAAGAAGGACUUGAAUGCCACCCAGCUCUUCUCUCCAGACUUAAAUACUGACUCAGGAAAAGUCCCAUAUAAUCCAAGGGCAUUAACCCAGCUCAAUAAUGUGUAGCUUUCAGAAUCUUGUGACUGUUGGUGUUUAACAAGACAUACAUAUGUGUAGUAUAUAUCUGGUAAAUAUAAACUCAAAAAACACAUGACAAUUAUUCCAUCUUCUUCCAAGGGGUGGUAAAAAUGAACCAGGUGACAUUUAUUUACUUUUUUUUUGUUUGUUGUAUUUUUAAGACAGCCAAAAAGAAUAUGCACAUAUUUAAUACUAGCAUUCUGUAUCAUCUAAACCAUAUACUAGUACUGAUUAAUUUCUGUGACAAAGCAGCAUAUUAAUUGUACUGUACCUAGUGUUAUACAAAAAUUAAUAAAAUAAGCUAUUUCUAGUUCUGAAUUAC